CGCUAACAGCCCGCUAUAAAACCCUGCGGUCGCACGCAGGCGUGCCAAAUGGGCUGUCAGAUGCGAUUUGGAGUAACAGGUGGAUUUGACGUUCAGGUUUUCUCACCAUCGCGCUUGGAAAAACAAUCUUGACCACUGUGCUGGACCAGUACCAUGGACUCAGAUACGAGCCGCGUGUCAAGCAGACCGUCAUCUCCCGAAGUGGACGACAUCUUCCUGUCCGCUCUGAAGAAAUCUGUGCACGGCUUCUCCGGUGCUGUGUCCUCCACACAGAGCGACUCUCCGUCAGACAUCGCCAGCCUGCGCGGCCUCUCCGCUGCCGACGAGGAAUCCCUCCUGCGCUUGGCGUCGAAGAAAGACCGUAAACUCCUGUCAGAGGGCGAGCUGCAGACGAUCCGCCUGAAGAUCAACAGCCGCGAAAGGAAAAGGAUGCACGACCUCAACGUGGCCAUGGACGGGCUCCGGGAGGUCAUGCCCUAUGCGCACGGGCCGUCGGUGCGCAAACUCUCCAAAAUCGCCACCCUGCUGCUGGCGAGAAACUACAUCCUGAUGCUGAGCAACUCACUGGAAGAGAUGAAGCGGCUGGUCAGCGAAAUCUACGGCAGCAGUGGGCAUCACGGCGGCUUCCACCCAUCAGCUUGUGGGACUAUGACACACGCGGGGCCCCUGCCAGGACACCCGGCGGCUUCCCACGCCUCACACCCGGCGGUGCACCACCCGCUCCUCCCGCCAGCGUCCGUCUCCACCGCCUCUCUGUCCGCGCCCGGCAUCUCCGCAGUCACCUCGGUCAGACCCCAUCACGGACUCCUCAAAGCGCCCGCUGCCGGUGCAGGGCCGCUGGGAAGCAGUUUCCAGCACUGGGGCGUUGGCACCGGGAUGCCUUGUCCGUGCAGCAUGUGCCAAGUCCCACCUCCCCAUGUGUCCAGCAUGAGUACCGUCACCAUGCCCAGGCUGACCAGCGACUCCAAGUGACUCCAAGCUAAACGGAGACGAACUUAUGUGGUUGUUACAAACUCUCUCUCCCCACAUUA